AUGUCAUCGAUACGGCCUGUUCGUCAGCAAUGGCUGCCAUUCACCAGGCCUGUUACGCUAUCCAGGCGGGCGAGUGUACACACGCUGUCGCGGGAGGCACACGGCACGGGCACACGCGCUGGUGAUCCUGUCGAGGUUAACGGUAUCCGACAGAUCAUUGGCGGGAAGGACAGAGACUCCAUUUUGCAUAUUGGUGAUGUGAAGGCCAAUGUUGGACAUUCUGGAGGAGCUUCAGGUGUGAUCUCGCUGAUCAAGGUUCUGCUUAUGAUGAAGCAUGGCAAGAUAACCCUACAAGCUCAAUUCGAGAAGUUGAAUCCCAAUAUCUCAGCUCUUGAGCCUGAUCAGAUGGCCAUUUCAAGAUCUUUGAAAGUUUGGAAUGACGACUUGCGCCUGGCAAUUGUGAACAGCUAUGGUGCUUCUGGCAAAAACGCUGCUGCUGUUAUCGCGCCCCCUCCCCCACAGCUGUCAUCGUCAGCGACAGAGUCGACAUCGCCUCUUCCAAUUGUCUCUGCAUGCCCUGUCUUCAUCUGUGCGGCAUCCGAGGCUAGUCUUUCGGCCUUCUGUAACAAGCUAAGGUGUCAGCUUGAGAACGCCUUAGUCUCUUCCGAUCAUGCUCCAUCCAUCGCCUUCUCUUUGGCGACGAGGCAAAGUCACCAGCUGCAGCAUGUGUUCAGCACGACUGCCACUUCGCUGGAUGAUCUCCAGGUCCAGCUCUUCAAUCCAGAGAGGUAUACCACUACAUCUCAGAAGCCCAAGCCCAUAGUGCUUCUAUUCAGCGGCCAGAAUGGCAACACUGUACCCUCCGCUCGAGCUCUUUAUAACAGCUCUUUGCUAUUCCGGGUGCAUAUGCAUCAGUGCGAUGAGGCGAUGAAGUCACUUGGCUUCUCCGGCCUGGUUCCGGCGGUUCUCGAGGGAAUCCAGGACGACGGCGACCUUGUUCUCCGCCAUGCCGCCAUGUUCUCUAUCCAAUACUCGAGUGGCAUGUCAUGGAUUGACUCAGGUGUCAAACCCCAGGCAGUCUGUGGUCAUUCCUUUGGCGAGUGGGCGGCACUAACUGUGUCUGGUCGCGCGACCAUAAUUGAGAAACUUUGGGGUGAGGACACCGUAUCUAUGGUGGCUAUUGAAGCCGAUUUAAUAGAGAAAGGUAUAACUCCUGUCGAGGAUCUGAAGCCUUUCUAUGAGAAACAUCCAGAUGUGAAGCUCGACAUUGCUUGUUACAAUGGACCCAACAACUAUGUUGUUGCAGGGCGCACUGUGGACAUCAAGCUUCUCGAGUCGUACCUGAAUAGUAAGAAGGCCAGUGGCGAGAAGAUUCGAAUCAAGGUCUUAAAUGGCAUGUACGCAUACCACUCCGUCAUGGCUGACUCAAUCGUCGAUGAGAGCGCCAACUUGUCAGAUUCAAUCCCAUUCCAGGAACCGCUUUUCCCCUUUGAAUCCUGCCACGAAGGCCCUUGGACUGGCCCGGGUUCCAAUAUAAUCGCUCGCGACACCCGUGGUACUGUGUACUUUACGCAGGCUAUUUCGCGUAUUGUCGACCGACUGGGAGAUUGUGUGUUCCUGGAAGCUGGUGUCGGCGGCCCCAUCACUGCUAUGGCACGUACCGCACUACCCGAAGCUAAAGCUCAGGAUCGACACACCUUCGUGGGGAUCAAUGCGAAGGAUCCCGUACGAUCUCUCGCGGAUGCUACAGUUACUUUGUGGAAGAAUGGCCAGCUGAACAUCCAGUACUGGUCAUUCCAUUCCAGUCAACGAGCUAGCUACCUCCCUGUAUCCCUGCCGCCAUACCAGUUUGAGAGGCAUAGACACUGGCUGGACCAUGUUGAUGUCUUGAGUGGACAGGGCAGCAAGAUCGUUGAACAGGCCCCAGCGCUUUAUCAGGAACUGAUUCAGGGCCACAUUGUGGUUGGAUCUCCAAUAGCCCCGGCAGCAAUGUAUCUGGAGCUGGCUGCACACGCCGUCGCCUUGUUGCAAGACACAAAGACAGACAUAAUCAUACCAAAAAUAUGUGCAGAUGCUUUGAAAAUCAAGGCGCCUAUGGGCUUGGACACACAGCGCGCCCUUCAAGUGAUCUUGACGAAAAAGACUGAAAGAACCUGGAGUUUCAAACUGUCGUCUACCAAGGGCAGUGAUAAGCCAGUUUCCCACGCAUCAGGCGCAAUUUCUCUUCGAAUGGACAACAAUCUCAGCACUGAUCAGGACGAGCAAGACAAAUGGGCCCGUCUCACUAGCUUGUUAGAAAGGGAGACCGACACGGAAGCCUUGCGGGGGACAAUGGUGUACAAGGUAUUUUCGAAGAUGGCCAAGUACUCCUCUGGGUAUCGUGGUCUUCGUCACUUGGUCGGAAAGAGCUUUGAGGGUGCAGGCAACAUCGUCAUCCCACCGGAUGGUCUAAAUGCAUUGUCCAAAACGCCUAAUGAUGAUAUUGCAGACCCUUUGGUCGUAGACACUUUCUUGCAAGUGCCUGGGGCGUUCGUGCACUCGCUUCGUGGUACCAAUGACGAGGAGGAUGCUGAUUUAGCUUAUAUCUGCAUUGGCAUGGACUCCGUUCGCCCUUUAAAUGAGCUCAAGGUUAGCGGAAACUACCGAGUCUAUACAAAGAUUGUCCGUGAGGAUAACAAGGAGGCUGUACUCGACGUAUUUUCAUUUGACAAGGAGAGCGAGAAAAUGGUGUGGUGUGCUAAGGGAUUGAAGUUCUCCAGAGUCUUGCGCAGCUCGCUUGCUAAGGUGCUUGCAGCAGCAAGCACAGAACUCAAGGAGCAGCCCGCUCGCUCAUCAAAACCUGAAGCUCGGCCAUCAGCUCCUAAUUCGGUGUCGAUGCCUAUUUUGCCUCCUAAAAAGGCAAUGAGAGGUACCGAGAGUACAGAUGAUGCUUUGAGUGGAGUCAAAGAAGUCUUAAGUAGCUCUUUGGAUAUUCCAGUCGAGGAAGUCACCAAGCAAGCAACACUCGAGGAACUGGGCAUGGACUCACUGGUUAGCUCAGAGAUUUUCAUGAACAUCUCAAAUAGGCAAACUCCCAGAGGCCAUCAUGAAAACUACAAAUAUUUUGAGCAGUUGAAGGAGGUUCUCCGUCAGUCUUUGGAUGUCCCAGUGGAGGAUAUCACCAAGCAGGCCAGGCUUGAAGAGCUUGGUUCAGAUUCGCUGGUUAGCUCGGAAAUUCUAGCCAACAUCUCCACCAGGUUCCAGAUUGAAAUCUCAUUCGAGGCAUUUGCAAAUGUCACAGACGUUGCAGCUUUGUGCGACUUGAUUUCUUCCCAGCUUGAUGGCAAUUCCGUUGAUCUGAACAAUAAAUACAACGAGGAUCAAAGUCCCCAUUCUGGAUUUGAGUCCUCCGACGAAGCUGCUUCAGAAUGGCAAAACACUGUUUUCGAGAUUCUUAGCCAGUCUCUUGAUAUUCCUGUUUCAAAUUUCGAGAUGGACUCCAAUCUCGAAGACCUCGGAGCCGACUCUCUCGUUGCUGCAGAGAUCAUCAGUAAUCUGAACGAAACCUUUAGUCUCGAUGUUUCGCCUAAUGACUUCGCCGUAAUCACUAAUGUCAUAUCACUCUGCAAUCUCAUUGCGGAUGGACUGCGUCUCGACUCAGUGCAGACUCCCUGUCCAGCUCAUCGGCCGCUUCCAUGGGCCGAGGGUGAUUCUCUUGGGUGGGAUGAACUUUUGGGGGAAGUCAACGUUAUCCACGCCGAUGGUAAUCACUUUUCCCUGAUGCUGCCUCCAAUGGUCAACGGAUGGGGCUUGGAACUUUCAAAGCACCUCGAGGCGUAG